AUGAGGACGUUCCUCGUUCUCUUUGCCGUCUGCCUCUUCCUGGCGCCAGUGAGCAGUGACCUGGACACAGGCAGGAUAUGUGGCUAUGGGACUUCUCGCUGCCGGACGCAUUGUAAAAGUGACGAGUUCAGAAUUGGAAGAUGCCUCAACACCUACGCGUGCUGUUUGAAAAAGUGGAGCGUCAACAAAUUGAAUCCUAUGAAAGAGAAACCCAGUGGUGCCUGGUUCCUAGAGUCGCCAACGGCUGGCCCUCUGAGCUGUCCGUCCUCGGGGCCUUACAGCCAGAAGGCCCGCAGUGGAGCCACUAAUCCAGUUACAAGGUGAGGACGUGCUGAGAGCUUUCACUCAGUGCUGAGCCGACGCGGGAGAAUCAGCGGAACCCAGGGCCUCGGCCUGGUGUCGGUUAUGUGUGAGUUUCAAUACUUUAAAAGAUGAACCAAAAAAAAACAACCAUAUCCGUUCAGCCACAAGCCUAAGUGAACAUGAUUUUUUCUUUGCCUGAAUUAUGUCAAUUCACCUUGGUAACUUUGGUUUUGUUUUCUGAUCAGAAGUUCUGCUUAACAGUAAUAUACUUCUUUUGUCGAUUAAAAUGGAAAAUGAAUC